AUGAGCAUUUGCCUGCCUCGAAGGAUACUCCUGGGCCACAGCCGUUUCCAAGCCCGGGGACAUGUGUUCUAUCCGCUGUUGACGCCGUACCGACUCUCAUUGGGAAUAAUUCAGUCUCCAUCUCUCAGCACCUGGCGCAGCUAUGUCCAUCGAUCGAAAGACUCUUUCAAGCGCAAACCAUACCCUAUCCCUCCAGCAGGGCUGCGAAAAGAUCCAUCCGAAUGGAUAAAAAGUUUAGAAAUAUACAUCCCCCCGCGGAAUGUGGAUAAUGGCCUUGCUGCAGCGGGACCGAUUGGCCGGAAGAGCUGGCAGGAAGAUUGUAAAGCGAUUUUGGAGCUUUUAUAUCAAGCCCGAGAACAGCUAGGGUUUGACCUCCUUACAAUACUUGGGCUCAAACUGGGAAGAUGGCGGGAUUUUUAUGUCAUAGUCAAUAAACUCCUGGAUUUCGCAAGCGAGAGUCGGGCCUUGGCCCGGCCAGGAGAAUUACCUUCAAAUAUCGACUGGGCCAGUUUGGGCUCAUUUGAUAGAUUAUCUGGUGAUCUGCUGAAAUCCACUUCACUUAGUGGAUUGCGGGUUGAUACCGAUGGCAGGGACGCUUUAUCAGUCAAAGACUACCUUGAAGGGGUAAUGCUUCAGCGUCAGACGGGAAAGGCAGACAGAAGAGCCGAAGCAAUGAGUGAAAUUUGGCAGAGCCUGGGUUCCUUCAUUCUUGAGGCAUCAGAUUUACCCGAGGCGGAGAGCGCUUCAGUUAUGUCACAUUUCCACCUUGUUGUUGCCCAGCUGCAUCAUCUUGACAUGAUACCUUCUGGAGUAUACAAAUAUGACUCAAACUACGAUCCCACUCUACCAAACCGGCCUCCAGAGAUGCAGCUACUAUCCUAUCCUAUAAUGAGUGUAGUGUCUGGUGUAGCGUUGGAGGCUGCGGCAACAGAUAAUGCCGUCGACGAGUCAGAUUCUACACCCCAUGCACCGUGGUCAAGAUUCAAAUCAAGACCGCUUGGUUUUGGUAUAUGGCUUGAAUUUAUCCUUUGGUGCUGUGUUGAAGGAGGCUAUGCAGCAGAGGCCAGUUGGAUACUACAAAUGUCUCGUGGUCGUUCAAAAGCGUGGAAUAUACAGAGUUGGGCUGCGCUGCAUCGAUCUAAAGGACCAAUCGAUCCAUUGAAAAUGGACCGGUAUGACACUUGGGAAGAGUGCGGAGUAUUAUCAGACGAACCCUUUUCUUAUCGUUCAGAUCGUCCUUUCCUAGGAAUGGGGGAACGGACAAUCACCAAAGAAGUGGUUUAUUCCGUCAUGGAAGGACUCAUAAAUUCUCUCAAAGCCGAUGCUGGCACGGUCAGCGGUCCCGGAGAUCCACUCAAAUUUGUUUUGACCCGGUUGGGCCUUUUACGUGCACUUCUGGGUAGGAACAAAUUAUCUCUUUCCCAGGAAGAACUCACCUAUUUGAUUGUCCGAAUCCUCGAAACCGGAGCAGCUGUGCCAGAAACAGACCCUCAGUCCCUUGAGCAUCUACUUAAUCAUGCCUCGUACAUCCUCCCGGCAGAACAUUCGAUAAACCCCCCUGAGGCUGGUUAUGAAAAUGUUGGCCUCCAGGAGUACAAGCCCGCUGAGUCUCUGGUAGUAUUAGGUUUGUACCAAUAUGUGUUGAACAUAUAUGCAUCCAGUGGUCGCGCCUCAGGCACAGUCGAUAUCUUUGGACGGUUAUUGGGAGAAGUUGAUCCUGCUAAGGUUUUCGAGAUGCGUGAAUCUGUUCUAGAUCCAAAGUACCUGGUCAUGGCACACAGGGUUCAUCAAACGGCUUCUAGCCGGUCUCGAAUUGCCCGGUCCCCAGCUCAAUCCGAGCACCUUGAACUUCCGCCAGUUUCCUGGGCCUUGCUUCUUGAUACUCUAGCCUCCUCUCGGUUGUAUCGACUUGCAGAUUGGGUAACGCAUACCUGUGCAAAAGCUUUGGAAGUUUCAACAUCCCGUACCCGUGAAGGAUUUCUUAUUACUGACUCUCUGAUCCGGCUUGCAACUGCAACGAAAAACCGCGAACUCUAUUCCAAUACCAUUAAGAGACUUGAGCGCCCGCUUCGCCGCCAGACGUUGAUUGCCUUGUUGAAUUGGAGAAUUGGGGAAUGUGACUCCAAAGGUGCUAUAGAGCUUCUCCAUUAUCUCCGAGAUAUUAGGCUGUCACAGUGGGAUAUUGAAAACAUAACGUCUCUUGCAGCAGUGAUCAUACGGUUAGAGUGUCGGCCGUCUAGCACGGAUAUAUCAAGCUCUGACUCCAUACCUGCCGAAAACCAAGAUGAAGCUCUGGAACUAGCAUGUAGCCUUCUAGUUGACCUCUUGAAUGGGAAAUUCAACCAGCACUACAGCUAUUCCAAGGACCCGAACAUUUCUAAAGCUAUAUUGAAUCGAUUACAUCAUGUCUUCCGUUCUAUUCCUGGCAGGCUGUCUAAUGCCUGCCGCAAGGUACAGCUGCAGUGGGAUCGUCGUUAUGAUCCUGAGUACCGCAUUCCUGCUAGCGCCUUCAACCAGCUCCUAGCUGCUAUUGUCGACACACAAGGCUGUUUACCUGGUAAACGACUAUGGGAUCAGUUUUGUAUUGACCCGUUGCUGAGUUUUGAUGCAUCUCGCGACCGCAAGCAACAAAGGAUACGAACCGACCUCCCUUUCAACGCAAGGUCCAUCUAUCCUAAAAGGACUCCCUUGGUCGUACCAGAUCUUACAACGGUCCGAAUUAUCGCUAACGCAGCACUCGAUGAGCAAAAUUCCCCCCGUCAGCCUAGACACAAUCCUGCCUAUCUUGUUGCUCAACCAUUGACCUCGCAAAAGCACCCUGCGGACAGUGUCAACAGUGUCUUGGAUUGCCUCUUGAAAUCUGUACCAUCCAGCAAAAAUAUAUUCCUCAUGACAUAA